GCACAGAGCCUUCUGCUGCGUUAUUAGUCUCCACCCCCUGCCGUCGUAACAAAAGGUCUUCCACUGAUGUUCCCCAUUCCAGUGAAUCGGCACCCAGCCUUUGUGCCGAGGGAUGUGAAGUCUCUGAGUCAACCAAAAGCACAAGUAAGAAGAUGAUCAGCAAAGAAAAGACUGGUAAACCCGACAUGCUGCAUUCAAGUUCAAAAGCCCAGCCUGGAGACCACUUCUUGAGCCGUCGUAGCAACUCUCUGCUCAGUUGGACAACUGUGACCCAGAACAAGCGCAAGACGUCCAGCAAGGGCACAGUCAUGCGGCAAAACCUCUUCCAGCUCAAUGGGGGCAGCAAAAAGCUGCGGGCCAAAGAGGUGCUCUUCCCCGUGCACAGUGUUGCUGCCCCCAUAUUCGGUAAUGGCUUCGGCUCGGACUCUUUCAGCCGCAUUGCCAACUCGUACUCUGCUUUUGGAAGCUCUGGCCUGAUCCUGCCCUGUGCUCAGAAGCUUUUGCGUGCCAAGAAAGUUGAGCGGUUGGACACUGAGUUGGGCAAGGCUGGGCGCAGGAAAGUUGGCGGCGAGUACCUGGUCAAGCUGGAUCACGAGGGGGUGACGUCCCCCAAAAACAAAAACUGCAAAGCCUUACUGAUGAGCGACAAGGACUUUGGGUCCCUGUCUGGCCAUGGCUAUGUUCACCCAGCCUUGGGGAUUAAAGAGAAGAAGAGCACGCUGCCUAUGGGGCUGGCAUUGCGCAAAUACACUGGUCAAACGGAGUACGGGCUGCACUGCGAUAGUGAUUGCCACAGCUCUUAUUCAGACAUGGACGAAGAUGAGGUGGAUGAUCUGGCAGGCAGCGUCCCCUCCCGCUUCCUGACACGGCUUUCCGUCUCCUCCUCGUCUUCAGGAUCGUCCACCUCGUCCAGUUCUGGCUCUGGCUCCACUUCUAGCCUCUGCUCAUCCGACAACGAAGACUCUUCCUAUAGCUCCGAUGACGAGGACUCCACGCUCCUUGUGCAGACCUGUCUCACCCACCCAGUUCCGGCCUUGCUGGCUCAGUCGGAAGCCCUGCGCUCCAAGAGCAGCGCCUUGCAGAGGUGUUUUGGCGCUGGGGCCAAGAGCAAGCUCAGGCGCAAAGAAACUCUGAGCUUCGCUAAAGCCAAAGAGUUCUCCCGCCGGCAACGGCUGCCCUCGGUGGAAAACCGGCCAAAGAUCUCUGCUUUUCUGCCAGCACGCCAGCUCUGGAAAUGGUCUGGGAACCCCACUCAGCGCCGUGGCAUGAAGGGGAAAGCACGGAAGUUGUUCUACAAAGCAAUUGUACGGGGCAAGGAGACUCUGCGCAUUGGCGACUGUGCGGUUUUCCUGUCAGCUGGCCGGCCCCAUCUGCCCUACAUUGGCCGCAUUGAAAGCAUGUGGGAGUCCUGGGGCAGCAACAUGGUGGUCAAAGUAAAAUGGUUCUACCAUCCCGAGGAGACGAAGCUGGGCAAGCGACAUAGUGAUGGCAAGAAUGCGCUGUACCAGUCGUGCCAUGAGGAUGAGAACGACGUCCAGACCAUCUCUCACAAGUGCCAGGUGGUAGAACGUGAACACUACGAGCAGCUGACCCGGAGCAAGAAAUAUCAGGAUCGGCAAGAUCUCUACUACCUGGCAGGAAGUUACGACCCCACUACAGGACGGCUUGUGACUGCAGACGGUGUGCCUGUCCUGUGCUGAAACUGUGGGACACGACCACUGCUCUAGGGCCAGAAAAUGGCUAGAGGGGAGGGCAGAAAGGCCAAGGGACAGUGGAAGGGGCCAGUCUCCUUAGACGACUGGCGGUUGCAUGCAAGGCCUGGAAAUAUGCAAGGUGCCCGGCUUUGCCAUGCCGGGGUUGCAGGCUGAUCCCGGCUCCCCCACACGGUUCUGUACAGAGUUGAAUCCAAGCCAUACUUUCCCUAGUACCUCUGACUGUUUGCCGCAGGCCAAA